AUGUCUGGAGUGGUCAAGUGUCUUCAAGUUUUUGUCUCCUUGCUCUGCAUUAUUCAGCUGGCCCUAGGUAUCGCAUUUCUGGUUUUGGGUGGGAUUAGUUUCGGUAAAUCCGGUGGCAAUACGGAAACGAGGUCAUCCGCCAUCUUCUUGUUGGUGGUCGGUAGCAUCAUCGUCCUUGUGGCCCUUUUCGGUCUUUUUGGCGCCAUUUCUAAAAAUAGAUGUCUCCUUAUUAUCGCAACUGAUCAAGUGAGUAAAAAAUUCAACGAGUCCAUGUUCAAUUAUAAGACGGACUCUGCUAGUACCCUCUACAUCAAUGCCAUGCAGAAUGGCUUCGAGUGCUGUGGCUACAACGACUUCAACGAUUGGAGGAAGGUUCCUUCGUUUGCUCCAACCGAGCUACCGACGAGCUGCUGCAAGAAUUCAACCGGAACCACGAAGUAUUGUGACGUCAACCUGAAUAAAGAUCUGGUGUAUCAGAAGCUCAUCACAUUAAUCCUGGCUUCUGUACUGACGGACAAAAUCCGAGGCGAGCAAUAG